GAUUACGCAAUCUGGUUCCUUCACACGUGAUGAGCGCCAUGUUAUUUCCUGGAUGGGACGUCCGAUUCCUGCUGUUGGGGCUGGGAGCGACUUGCAUGCUGCAGGGCUGUGGCAGCAAUGGAGGUGACAUGGCCCCUGAUAUAAUCAAGGGAGGGGAGGACAUCAUGUCUCAAAAAGCGCAUGGUACUUGUGUCGCGGCCCCCAAGCAGCCACUGCGCUGGAAUGCUGAUUAUGAAACAGCAGACAGAAUUAGCUGUUUCAACCGGCACUAUGCAGAGUUCGCAGGCUCUUGGGAAAGUACCGGCCUACCAGCAGACAUUGCCAGUCAGGAGCCUGGAUCGGCUAUCACUUUCUAUGACGUUGUGACUGGUAAGCCGCUCUUUGUGGCUCCGAAGGGAAGAAGCUGGGAAGACUUCAACCAGGAAUCUCAAAGCCAUGGCUGGCCCUCUUUCCGUGACGAGGAAGUGAUAACUGACUACGUUCGAGUUCUCCCAGACGGAGAGGCUGUGAGUGUCGAUGGCACUCACCUUGGCCACAACCUUCCCGACAAUAAAGGAAACCGAAAAUGCAUGCUGCUCAAUGCAAUCAACGCGCUGUUGUCGGCAGCUGCAGGCGGCGACCGCAGCAGGGCGGGGCGGCAGCAGAAGAAAAGAACGUGAAAUCAAUCCAGGAGUGAAAAUGUAUUCACUGAAUCAAUUUCUGGAAAAUUGAUUCGGUUGAAUUAGAAUGCGUCGGCGUACGUGGAUCGGAUGAAACCUAGAAAGAUGCGGAAAACCACACUUGAACCUUGAAAGCACUGCUGAAAACAAAUGAUCCGUGAGCCCGGUGGCGUCAAAACUCCGUAGCUCGGCAGCAUUGGGGUCAGAAGAUUCAUGGGUGAAACGAUUCAAUCCAAGAUCAUAUUCCAGAGCUCAAAAACGCAAAGUCAGUAUGUGAUUCCCAAUGAUCUCAGCGCUCCCUUGCGGGAGAUCACACACUGCACCCAGUGGGACGACAGAGCGGCGCACACUUAGUCAUAGGGUUUGCAGUUAACUCAGUUCCACGUCAAAAAGAUGAGGGAACGGAAUGGCGCAAGAUCAGCUCAACCGAAAUGUUUAACAAUGUUGACUCGUGACUGCGGAAGGCUGCGGUGGCUCAGCUGCAAACGCGGCAGGAAAAAGGUUUAUGGGGAGUAUCAUGAAAAGAUCAUGAAUCAAAACGAGGAGAGUGGUGUCACAGCGUGUGGAAAAGUUCAGCAGGUACACAUUCAGGCGUCCCUGAAUGCUUCCACCAGUCUUCCGUAGCUUCGUUGGGCAACGUAGGAAGACUGGCCGUUGCCUCCUGCUUAUGACAUUGUGGAUGGUGGGACACACACACAAGAACUGUAGGCUAGAGGACAAAGAUUGAAAUGUUUCGUUUUUAACUCCAUGUGAACUAAACCCAAGGUUCCAUGAGCCUCGGUUACUGUUGCUGCUGCUGCUGCUGCUGCGUCGUGUAGCACUUUAGGCUACUGCAUCAACCUCGUCUCGGUGGCGGCUAUGCCUCCUGAGUGAGUUUCAGUGCAAAGGUAAAGGAUUGUAGUCUCUUGAUAUUCGUGUUGCUAGCUUUUUGGAUCUGUGGGGUUCAGAACCGGUAGUUGUGGAAGUAGCAACACCGCACAAACACGAGGGUCUGGAAAGCUGUUGACAUGGUUGACACUCCAAUUUCUAACUCAGUGCCAUCCGCAUUCCCAAAGGGAGUGCGAAUCAUUCCUGUUCGGAACUUGACAAGAAAGUGGCAAGAUGAGGCUCAACUAAGAUUCGCUGCCAC